GUGUCGCAGUUGCACAACCGUCAGCAGCGUCUUUUUCUCCAGUCUGAAGAGAAGUUGUUGGUCGCCCGUUGCCAUGUGAUCCUGGAACCGGACCAGCCGGAAUGUCAGCCGUCAUGUGGAGCCUCCUGCUCGGUAAGCGACACCCGUCCAACUGAGCCGCACCACGUCGGCCUGUCUGCUUAAAUUCAGCCCGGAGUCCUGCUAGGGCUUAUCAGCCGGUGAUCGGGGGCUUCCAGCGGCGGGAAACAUGCGCUCCGUGGCCGGACUGGCUGCCAUCGUGGCGGCGGCGAGCGUCUACCUCUACCUGCUGUCGACGCACCUUCCCCCGGGACCCAAGCAGCCGCAGGCGGCCUCGGAGGGCCAGGACGAGGAGCUCCAGGAGUACAGACUGAAGUUCCCAUCGGAUCUGGAUGAGCUGCGAGAACUCGCUGAGAUGCUUAAGUUUUAUAAAAGAGAACAUCAUGGCUACGUUCUGCUGCUGUUCUGUAGCGCCUACCUAUAUAAACAGUCUUUCGCCAUACCUGGUUCCUCUUUUCUGAACUUGUUGGCCGGUGCGAUAUUUGGACCCUGGGAGGGUCUGUUGUUGGCUUGUCUACUCACCACUUCAGGCUCCACGUUCUGCUUCUUGUUGUCUAAAGCGUUUGGAAAGCAGCAUGUGGUUCAGAUGUUCCCUGACAAGGUGGCUCUGCUGCAGAGGAAGGUGGAGGAGAAUCGCAGCAGUUUGUUCUUUUUCCUCCUUUUCCUUCGUUUCUUUCCUAUGACACCUAACUGGUUCCUUAACAUCACCUGUCCUGUCCUCAACAUCCCCAUGCCCAUCUUCUUCUCCUCUGUCUUCAUAGGUUUGAUUCCCUACAACUUCAUCUGUGUCCGGACGGGCUCCAUCCUCUCGGAGAUCUCCUCCAUGGACGACAUGUUCUCCUGGGGGACGCUGGCUCAGCUCCUGGCCAUCGCCAUCGCCGCUCUGGUGCCCGGAGCUCUGAUCAAACGCUACAGCAAAACUCAUCUGAAGGUGGACGGACUGGAGAGCAACGGGACGAGUCCAGCUGAAGUCAACCAGGACCGGAAGAGGCGAUGAUUGUGGGGUGAAGAAAGACUCGGUGUCAGAAGAACUGAGGUGGUGAACGACGACACUGGGAGGAAUGUGACCUUUAAUCCACCCCAGGCCUGUGAUUUCUGUAAGGUCACACCGGAGGCUCUUCAUACUCGGUACGAUCCGUCUUCAGAUCCUGUUACACCGGUUUUUAUACCACAGCUUUCCCAAGAUCUCCCACUACUGAUACACAGCUACAGCUUCAGGGCAGUUUUCUAAGAAGAGCUCUAAAAUUUCUUAAAUUCCUUAAAGUCAUUGAUGUUUUUCUUGAAAGACUUUCACAUCCUGAGGAAAUAUUGUAUUUUUGCUACAGCAUUAAUAGUAAUCAAAUUACCUUAAUAUAUAUUAGAUCAUUAUUUUUAAAAAUGUGCUUUUAAUGUACACUGUCAAAACAAACCUGUAAUUUUUUUGAACAAUUUACUUUUAUUUUACAGAUAUUGUAUGUUUUGUGAAAUUACAGGUAAUAACUAGUAAGAUGACAGGAUAAAAGUAUUAAUUUAUAUGUUAUUAGUUAAAAAAACAGGCCAAAACUGUAAAUAAUGUUGAUAUCAAGAAUAUAUAUUUUUAUAGACGGUAAUUCCUUCUUUUAGAACGUUUGGCAGCAGAAGUUUUACUGUAUUUAAAACAGCCGAAAAUAUUGCUAUUUUAGAGAUAUUUGUCAUUAUUAUUGGAAUGGUAAAUAAGUUUUAUUAGUAAGUGUUAUUUCACAGAUUUUCUGUAUUUUGUGAAAUUAUACGUACUUGGUAAAAUCAUAUAAAAAAAAAUUACAUGUUAACUAUGCAGAAAAAACACACCAAAUCUAUACAGUGGUGGAAAAAAGUUUUUGGAUACGCCAUACAUUUGUGAAAUACUGAAUUAAGAAUCACUCGUAGGUCUUCAAGUGCAAUUUCUUUUAGUACAAUCACAGCCAUAAUACUAAACAAAUCCUAAAAAAGCCAUUAAAAACUUAAAAUUUAUUGGUUCAAUAAAAAUGACAAAUUUUGAGUUUUUUGCUAGUUUUUCUUGUAAACAAACAAAAAAAAUCAUUCAUAUUUGUUUGUGUCUAAUGAAGCCACACCUUUUGAAAUACAAACAUGAUUUUUUUCACAAAUAUUUCAUGAUAUUUGAGGUUGUGUAAAAUUUUAAGGGUGUCCAAAACUUUUUCCCACCACUGUAGAUAAUGUCCACAUCAAAAAUCCCCCCCCCUUUUUUUUACAAAUACAGUAAGUCAUUCUUUUACAUGUGACUAUACAAUUGCAGUUUUACUGUACCUAAAUCCACGAAAGUAGAUAAUUUUACAUCUGUUAUUUUACAGUUUUUGAACAAUAUAGUGUGUCACCUUUUUCCUUUACAGUGUACAUUAAGGCAGAAACUAAUGAUUAUAUUCAUCACCAGUUAAUCUGAGGAUCCAUUUUUUCAUUAAUUGAUUCAUUGUUUUGUCUAUAAAUGCCAACUUUUUUCCAAUAUUCAACACAAAGAAUGAGAGGAAAUAUAAUUUCCAGAGUCUCAGAUUCUCAAAGAUACGAUGAUUAUGAUGCGAGUGAAACAAUCAUAAUAUCAGUUUACAUUUCAGGAACAAUCAAAUGUUAUUUAUUAUGCAACAAAAAAACAGCUUAGCGAUCUGUUGAAUUUAGUUAAAUUGGAUGCAGUGCCUUAAAGGUCUUUGUGUUUUCAUUGUUAAAUACUUUUCAUUUUUAUCCCCAUUGUUGUUGUUUUUUGGGUUUGUUUCUUGAAUUCUGACUUUGGCUCCACAGUGCGACUGUUGUGACAAGAACAUGAAGCUUUAAAAGUACUUUGUGUGUAGCAAACAGUAGUUUAGAUACACAGCACAGAGUCGUGGAGAAAUCAGAUUUAUGACUGUAUGUUCCUCGUUUUACUCUACACUCCGGUGUGCAUGUAGACCAGUGUUGUUAUUUUCUUCUUCUUUGAUAUGUUUACUCAGAAACUUGGUCUACAGAUUCACAAUCUUAAUUAAUGGAGGAAAUGUUUUUUUAGCUCCUUUUUCUGUUUUUUCCUGAAACAUUUAAACGUGUCUUAAUGAAGCUGCAGCUGGAUCUUAAACCAUCAAAUCAUCAGGGAGCUUCUGUUCGAUCAUCUCUGAUCUGCCUCAAACUUUAUUAUCAUAAAUUGUGGACAUUUAAAAUGGCAUCAUAUGAAUGACAUUCAUACACUAUAUUACCAAAAGUAUUCGCUCACCUGCCUUGACUCACAUAUGAACAUAAGUGACAUCCCAUUCCUAAUCCAUAGGGUUCAAUAUGACGUGGGUCCACCCUUUGCAGCUAGAACAGCUUCAACUCUUCUGGGAAGGCUGUCCACAAGGUUUAGGAGUGUGUUUAUGGGAAUUUUUGACCAUUCUUCCAGAAGUGCAUUUGUGAGGUCACACACUGAUGUUGGACCAGAAGGCCUGGCUCUCAGUCUCCACUCUAAUUCAUCCCAAAGGUGUUCUAUCGGGUUGAGGUCAGGACUCUGUGCAGGCCAGUCAAGUUCAUCCACACCAGACUCUGUCAUCCAUGUCUUUAUGGACCUUGCUUUGUGCACUGGUGCACAGUCAUGUUGGAAGAGGAAGGACCAGCUCCAAACUGUUCCCACAAAGUUGGGAUCAUGGAAUUGUCCAAAAUGUCUUGGUAUGCUGAAGCAUUCAGAGUUCCUUUCAGUGGAACUAAGGGGCCAAGCCCAGCUCCUGAAAAACAACCCCACACCAUAAUCCCCCCUCCACCAGACUUUACACUUGGCAUGGCUUGGAUGCAGCUGCUUGGCCAUGGAAACCCAUUCCAUGAAGCUCUCUGCUGAAGCACUGUUCUUGAGCUAAUCUGAAGGCCACAUGAAGUUUGACGGUCUGUAGCGAUUGAUUCUGCAGAAAGUUGGUGACCUCUUGGCACUAUGCACCUCAGCAUCCACUGACCCAACUCUGUCAGUUUACAUGACCUACCACUUGGUGGCUGAGUUGCUGUCAUUCCCACACACUUCCACUUUCUUAUAACACAGCUGACAGUUGACUGUGGAAUAUUUAGGAGCCAGGAAAUGUCACGACUGGAUUUGUUGCACAGGUGGCAUCCUAUCACAGUUCCACGCUGGAAUUCACUGAGCUCCUGAGAGCGAGCCAUUCUUUCACAAAUGUUUGUAAAAGCAGUCUGCAUGCCUAGGUGCUUGAUUUUAUACAGCUGUGGCCAUGGAAGUGAUAGGAACACCUGAUUCUGAUUAUUUGGAUGGGUGAGCGAAUACUUUUGGCAAUAUAGUGUAUGAAAACAGAUUUUUGUUGAACUUUCAUAACUGACUGAGCAUGUAUAAAUAGCAUGAUUAAUUAAUUUCUGACAGCAUUUCAUGUGUCAAGCUUACAUUUUCACAAAUAUCUUUAUAAAUAGCCACAUUUUAUGCUUUAAUUAUUAAAACUCAGGCAAAACAGAGAUGGUCGGGCAGAAAAUGUUCUAAAGAUCUGAUAUGAAAUGACCCAGCUGUAUUCACAACUGAAUGAAUGAAGGGUGUGAUCUUUUCAUGGUGGUUUCAACAAAGAAAAAAAAUGCAAAAUCACAUGUUGUAUUUUUAAAAAUUGACAAAAACUUAAUAAUUUGCUCUAUCCGGUUUCUGUAAAAAUGAUAGAGAGUACCCUGAAAACCCCUAUGGGACUUGUUCACUAUCAAACUUCUUAAGUGAAAUCAAACAGUUCAGGGUAAACACAGCUUUCCACCCUGUUAAGUUACUUUUUAAUAGCAUUUGAAAGGUAAACAGUCCUGAGAAGAUCACAUCUUGUGUUGUGGUUAUUAUGGGAAGUGUGUUGUUCUUUGUCUGUUUGAGUUUGACUGAUAUUUGCUUUAUAAGUCAGUAUUUGGUAGAACAGCAUCUAGAGAAUAGUCUUACAUUGUGGCUUUUUUUUUUGAAAAAAACAUAAGUUUGCGCUGAAUUUAGGUGAGACUGUAGCACAGAGAAGAACUUCUUAAGAGGUACUUCAAACCUAAUUUCAGGAUAAUCUUUUGUAUAUGUAAAUGUGUUUUUGAUAUCAAAUUAUAUGCUUUAAAACAGAUUUUAAAAAUUACCUUAUUUGAUAAAUGAGCUGCUCAUGACACAAACGGUGAAAAUGUCGGUGGUUCCACUAUUUUGUAAAGAUGAAAAAGACAUAAAAGUGCUAAAAUUCUGUUUACCUGCUGUUGGCUAAAUCAAGUAAAAUAAAGUAAUUUUUUUAAAAUUAGUGCAGUGGUAGUCUUACAAAUACAGCACCAAGCAAGAAAAGCAAACAUUUUUUGUUGUUAUGUUGCUUUUAUUUUUGAAAGGGCUUUGUGCGGGUGGAGGAGGAUGUGAUUUUUUGUUCCAAAUAAAGAUUGCUUUACCAAAAAAAUAAAUAAAUUUUUAAAAACUCCAUCUUUUUGAAAAAGACAUAGUUGUGUAAAAUUGUAAUAAAAUCUGUUUUGUGUCAGUUUAA